ACAUAAUAUUUAUUUAAUAUAGUGUAUUAUUAUACUUAGUGCUUAUCAUAGUGUAUUUAUUUAAGUGUCUUAGUGAAAGUAUUUAAUUAUUAUUAUUUAUUUUAAUUUAAGUAUUAUACAACGUAUUACGCAUACAUUAAUACUGGCAGCUUUAGCGGCCGUCACGACGGCCAUGCCUUCCUACAUAGCAGUCCCGGCUGACCAGAUCGCGUUUGUGGAUCUAUCUUCGUUGCACGUGAGGCGUGUCCCGAGGCAGACCCUCUCGCCACCGCCGCUGACGCCGCAGCUGCCUCAAGCCUUGUACCAGCAGGAGUAUCAGCCUAUACCUCUGCAGCAGUACCAGCAACAACCCGUAGCCCUGGCCCCGCCUGUAGAAAAUGAGGCCCCAGCAAGACUCGUGAGACUGCAGCAGCAACCACAAGAUGCAUCUGGAUCAGCCACCUACGGCGGAGCCUCACAAUUCGCAGAAAGACCACCAGACUUCGGAGAGUACGUGGAUUUCGGGGCCCACACUGGUGAUAAUGGGGCCUUCGGCUGGUAUGCUGACUACCCAGUCAAUAACCAUCAAGAUUCUAGCUACAGAAAGUAGGUAACAUAAGCAAGAUGAGCAAAUCCUGUGAAAAGGUGAAUCCCACUUAAAUAUUAACAUUAACUUGUCAGUUUUUGUUAAAUGUUAGGCUUUUGGUAGUGUAAUAUCAUUUUAAAUAAGUGGGAUGCCUUAGGAUUGCUUUCACUCAAAACUUGCCAAUAUAGAGGUCUAUCUUGCCAAGCACUUGUUACUCUAAUAAGACCAAAGACAGUAUUAUUUCAAGUGAUAUUAUUAGGUUUAGGUUCAUAGCUGAAUAACCGCACAUUUGUUCAAAACGGUUCAUUCCGCUCAACGUUUUUAAAUGCACUUUCAAUGGUAGUUCCUGUUUUAUUAGAAUUAAGUUUACAAAGUACACUGUGAUACGUACUAGGUAGUUCUAUCUUCUUAUCUUUGCUUUCUUUUAUUUUAUCUUCUUCUUUAUUCUUCUUAUCUUCUAUCUUUCCUUGCACUUCACUGUUAUGCUUGCUUUUUCACGCUUUCUUUAUAAAUUGUUGUACAAGUACAAUAUCAUCAUUAAUUUUAUUACUUAUCUACUCUUAUAUCAUUCUUAUUCAUUCACUAUUUUCUUAUCUAUCUGCUAAAUCUGUAUCGCUUUCAUUUUGUUUGUUUACAAAUAUACUAUAACUGUUACUUUCAUUUUCGUUUCAUUUCAUGCUAUCACUCCAGAGAGAUUCUUUCUUUUCACGCAUGUUCACUUUUUCACUUUGACUUACUUCUAUAUCAUACUCAUCAAACCUUUUCUUAAAUUCUAUUACAUAAUCAGUCUUCUCUUACAUUUACUCUCUCUGUUUUUUUAUUUAUCAUCUGCUAGUCAUUGUACAUCAUUGGCAAUCGUUAAAGGUAGCCAGAAGCUGGAAAGUUUGUUAACCGGUCUUACCAAGGGGUAUCGGCUGGCCUGGAGGUUAAGGUCGGAUAGACAGACGCUCCAUGUAAAUCACUGAAAAUCUGCUGCAUCCAGUGAGGCUGGUAGCCGACCUCGACACAGGAAGAGGCUAAGCAAAUGAUAAUGAUGUCUGCACCAAAAUUAUUUUACUGACGAAUGAACAAAAAUUGCAAUACUUGUAAGAAAUGCUAACAAGUUUAAGCAGCAAGAGCUAAACCCGCAAUCAUUAUCAGUUCAAAUAUUCUUUACCACACCUGAAUCUCUUUCUUCUUCUUCUACAAAUUUAUCAUUAUCAUAAUCUCUUAUACUUUUACAAAAAAAGCUUCCUUUCAUAUUUUAUCUUCACCAUCAAUUCAUUGCUCAUUCAUUUAAGUUUCUGAAUUAAUGGCUAACUCGUACCUACUUCUACUUAUUUCACAUUACCUGAAACUGUUCCUAAUUUGAUUCUGACCUAUGUUUGUUAUUACGCAUUAUUAUGACGAUCCUCUUACAUACAUUAUUUCAUCUACUCUUCUUUUCUAUUUGUCUAUUCGAUUUAAUUUCUAGUUCCUUGUGUGUUGACUAUCCUAGUCAUAAAGACUCAUGCUAUUUUAUAUAAACUUUAACUAAAAUUUUUAUUUCAUAAGUGCCGUGAUUAUUAUCUUACCUAUUCUUUUUUCUUCUUUGAACUUACUCUUAUUUUCGAUCUCGUUUAUCAAUUUUGUAAUUUCCUUCCUCUCUUUUUAGUAACUGUAACUAUAUUUACUUCUUAACUUCUUUUAAAUCUCUCUCAUUUUGUUUUACUUCCUUCUCAACAAAUCUCUGUUUUCAGUCUAUUUCUUUAUUCUUUCUUUCUUUAGCAAAAAUACUAUUUUCUAUCUUAUUUUUUCUUAAUCUUCAAAUCUUACUAUCUAUUCUAUUCUAUCUACUUAUUCAUCUUCAUUCUUUAUUGUCUUACUAUAAUUUUU